CACGUUUGAAACAUGGCGACGGAGAAAAGCAAGAUUCUGGUGAUUGGAGGGACUGGUUACAUGGGAGAAUUCAUCGUUGAAGCUAGCGCAAAAGCCGGUAACUCAACAUUUGCUCUUGUCCGAGAAGCAUCUCUCUCCGAUCCCGUCAAGGGCAAAACCCUCCAGUUUUUCAAAGAUCUCGGUGUCACAAUACUACACGGGGAUUUGAAUGAUCAUGAAAGCUUAGUAAAGGCCAUCAAACAGGUCGAUGUAGUGAUAUCAACCAUCGGGCACAAGCAAAUCUUGGAUCAAACCAAGCUCAUUUCCGCUAUCAAAGAAGCCGGUAACGUCAAGAGAUUCUUGCCGGCGGAGUUUGGGACAGACGUGGAGAGGACAAAUGCUGUUGAGCCGGCCAAAUCAUUUUUUGCAGCCAAGGUACAGAUCAAGAAAGCCAUAGAGGCUGAAGGAAUACCAUACACUUACGUUGUUAGCAAUUGCUCUGCCGGUCUUUACUUGCGUACGUUAGUUCAGUUCGAGCCUGGUCUCAUUUCUCCUACUAGAGACAAAGUCAUCAUUUUUGGCGACGAAAACAUUCCUCCUAGAGACAAAGUCACCAUAUUAGGCGAUGGAAAUGCCAAAGUAGUGAUCAACAAAGAGGAAGAUACUGCUGCUUACACGAUCAGGACAGUGGAUGAUCCAAGGAGUCUGAACAAAACACUCUACAUUAAACCUCCUAAGAACACUUUAUCAAUGAAUGAAAUGGUCACCUUGUGGGAGAAAAAGAUCGGCAAGUCACUUGAAAAAACUCACAUCUCAGAAGAACAAAUCCUUAAAAGCAUCCAAGAAUCUCCAGUUCCGAUGGAUGUUUUUAAGUCGAUAAACCACGCGGUGUUUGUUAGAGGAGAUCAGACCAGUUUCACAAUAGAGCCUUCAUUUGGAGUGGAAGCCUCUGAACUUUACCCUGAUGUCAAGUACACCACUAUCAAUGAGUAUCUUAGUCAAAUUCACUUAAAAUAUCUCCUAAAAUCACCUAAUUAAUUCACCUUUACCAUGACGCAAGUUAAAUAGUUGUAACAAUAAUAAUGGAUGGUGGUCAAGAAUGUGUGUUUGUGUGUGCGU